GACGCGAGUCGGAGCCGGCUGCUCGGGAAGGAGGCAGUAUGGCUGAGACGUCGCCGCCGCCCACCGCCGGCGCGGAAAGUUGCAGCGAGGAGCAGGCGAGGGGCGGGGAGCAGCGGCCGGAGGACGAGGCGGGGCCGCCUCUGGCCUCCCCAGCUGAGCAGUCGGAGCCCGGCUCGCCGGUGGCCGCCCCCUUCUCCCUGCUCUAUCCGGGCUAUGGAGGCGCCGGCUUUGCAGCGCGCCCGCCGUCUCAGCAGCGCACUUGGAGGACCCCGCCGUCGCCGGGCUCCCCGCUGCCCUUCCUGCUGCUGAGCUACCCCAGCGGCGGCGGCGGCGGCGGCGGCGGCGGCGGCAGCAAGCACCACCCUAAUUAUCUCAUGGCUAAUGAACGCAUGAACCUGAUGAACAUGGCCAAGCUGAGUAUCAAGGGCCUGAUUGAAUCAGCUCUGAACUUGGGAAGGACUCUGGACUCCUAUGCACCACUCCAGCAGUUUUUCGUGGUGAUGGAGCACUGCCUAAAACAUGGCUUGAAAGCAAAGAAGACUUUUCUUGGACAAAAUAAAUCCUUCUGGGGGCCCCUUGAACUGGUAGAAAAGCUUGUUCCAGAAGCUGCAGAUAUAACAGCAAGUGUCAAAGAUCUUCCAGGACUUAAGACACCAGUAGGCAGAGGAAGAGCCUGGCUGCGUCUGGCAUUGAUGCAAAAGAAACUUUCAGAAUAUAUGAAAGCUUUGAGCAACAAGAAAGAACUUCUCAGUGAAUUCUAUGAACCCAAUGCCCUCAUGAUGGAAGAAGAAGGAGCUAUAAUUGCUGGUCUGUUGGUGGGUCUGAAUGUCAUUGAUGCCAAUUUCUGUAUGAAAGGAGAAGAUUUGGACUCUCAGGUUGGAGUUAUAGAUUUUUCAAUGUAUCUCAAGGAUGGGAACAGCAGUAAAGGUAGUGAAGGAGAUGGCCAGAUUACUGCAAUUCUGGACCAGAAGAACUAUGUUGAAGAACUCAACAGACAUCUGAAUGCUACUGUAAACAACCUUCAGGCAAAAGUGGAUGCAUUAGAAAAAUCCAACACUAAACUGACAGAAGAGCUUGCAGUUGCAAACAACAGGAUUAUUACCUUGCAAGAAGAAAUGGAACGAGUGAAAGAGGAAAGCUCCUAUAUAUUGGAAUCCAAUCGGAAGGGUCCUAAGCAAGACAGAACUUCAGAAGGGCAAGCACUGAGUGAAGCAAGAAAGCAUUUAAAGGAGGAAACACAAUUACGACUGGAUAUUGAAAAAGAACUGGAGCUCCAGAUCAGCAUAAGACAGGAGAUGGAACUGGCCAUGAAGAUGCUGGAGAAGGAUGUCUGUGAGAAGCAGGAUGCCCUGGUGUCUCUGCGGCAGUAGCUGGAUGAUCUCAGGGCUUUCAAGCAUGAGCUUGCCUUUAAGCUGCAGAGUUCAGAUUUAGGAGUAAAACAGAAAAGUGAACUAAACAGUCGCUUGGAAGAGAAGACUAAUCAGAUGGCUGCUACCAUCAAACAACUGGAACAAAGAUUGCACCAGGCUGAGCAAGGCCGCCAGUCUGCUGAGUUGGACAACCAGCUCUUCAAGCAGGACUUUGGAGACAAGAUCAACAGUCUGCAGCUAGAAGCGGAUAAGCUCACCAGGCAGCGGAACCAGCUUGAGUUGGAACUAAAACAGGAAAGAGAAAGAAGGUUACAAAACAACAGGAGCAUCCCAGGAAAGGGGUCCCAGAAGCCAGAACCCAAAAUGGAUUGGAAGCAUCAGAUUCAAGAGGAAUUCAAUGUUAAACUAGUAAAGCCCCUGGAAGAAAGCCACAGAGACUCAAACAGCCUAACGCGGCAGUCACACCCUGUGGAUGAACAGGAUCAGCUGCUGCUCUCUGAAAAGCCACAGGUCUGUCAGCUGUGCCAGGUGGAUGGCAGCCUAACAAAGAACAUGUGUAAGAACUGCAGAGGAACCUUCUGUAAUGCCUGCUCAACAAACAAACUGCCUCUUCCUUCAAAUACCAAGCCUGAGCGAGUUUGCAAUCUCUGUCCCAAGCAUUUGAUGAAACAGUAUUCCACCAGCCCACCGUGAGACUGGAGGCCAACACCUGGACCAAAAUGUCUCCACCUGUGUUAUAUGUCAGGCUUCCUUAGAGCCCCAACUUUAGAAUCAACGCAAAAACUUCCCAGAAUGAUUCAAAUG